GAGGUGAUGGGAUCUUGCUGGAGAUCUCUGUGCACCUGAGGCCUUCUGAAGCCUGCUUGUCCUCUGAGAAAGAGCCCUCCCACCCCAGCGCUGUGAGCAAUGGCUGCGCGGGGCAGCUUGCGGGACCGCGCUGUGCUCUGCUACUACAAAUGCAAGUGGGCCUGGAGGCUCGUUGUGGCGGUGGCCGUGGUGCUGCUGGCAGCAGUCCUGCUCUUUCUGUGCCUGCUAUCCAGCAAGCCAGAGCCGGCGAUGGGGACAGAGCCCAGUUUGCAGGGGCUGGCACAGCUGCAGGAGGAGCAGCAGCAGCUGCAGGCACAGGUGACUGCGUUGGAGCAAGAGCUGGCUGCCACCAACCGGUCCCUCGCCAUGGGGGUGGAUGUCACCAAGCGGUCCCUCGCUGAGAUGCACAAGCAGUGGGACGGCUGCAGGAGUCAGCUGGACGCAGUGCAAGGCUUUGUCCCGGAGCUGAGGCAGCAGCUCACCCAGCUGCAGCAGCACAGGGAGGAGCAGGAGGCCGUGAUCAAGCAGCUGCAAGAGGAGAACAGGGCGCUCCGGGAGGAGGUGGCACAGCAGAAGGAGCAGUUGGAGGAGAUGCAGAGGGACGGGAAGAGCUUCCAGGAGCGGAUCCGGCAGCAGAUCGGUGGACUGUCGGAACGGAUCUGGAACAUACGGAGCCGCGAUUCCGACGGGAGCACAACAGUGUCCUCCAGCGUGGCCGUGCCCCUGGGCAUCCUCCUGGUGCUGCUCGUUCUGAAGUGCCUGCGCUGAGCAAGAUGGCACGGACCUGGGUGGCCCCUGUUGGCGUGGGGAAACCGUGGGGAGAUGGUUUGCCGAGUGCUGGCCCGAGGGGUGAGAUGGGGACGAGGCACGAGGCAGGGGGACAGCGGUGCCAUGCGGUUGGUUGGGUCUGAACCAAUUUCCAAUAAAACUUCAUGAAAACCC